GCCCGCCCCGCGCCGCCCCCGGAAGCUCGGGGCCCAUCUGACCGGCGCUGCCGGCGCGGAGAUGGCGCUGCGGCCCGGGACCGGCGCGGGGGGCGGCGCGGCGGGGGCCGGCAGCUUCAUGUUCCCUGUUGCAGGUGGUUUAGGUCCCCCUCAAGGCAUGAUUCCUAUGCAACAGCAAGGAUUUCCAAUGGUUCCUGUCAUGCAGUCCAAUAUGCCAGGCAUGAUGGGAAUGAAUUACGGUUCUCAGAUGCCUCCUGGACCCAUGACCAUGCAGGGUGGCAUGCCCUUAGGGCCGAUGCCAGCGACUGGAAUGCCUUACAUGGGACAGGCCUCUUUCUUGGGAAUGCGUCCAGCAGCCCCGCAGUACACCCCUGACAUGCAGAAGCAGUUUGCAGAGGAACAGCAGAAGAGGUUUGAGCACCAGCAGAAAUUCUUAGAAGAAGAAAGAAAACGUCGCCAGUUUGAAGAACAGAAACAAAAGCUGAGACUCCUAAGCAGUGUGAAACCUAAGACAGGCGAAAAAAGCAGAGAUGAUGCUUUGGAAGCCAUUAAAGGAAAUUUAGAUGGCUUUUCUAGAGAUGCUAAAAUGCACCCAACACCAGCCUCGCAUCCGAAAAAGCCAGAUCAUUCCACAUCAUCCCAUUCUGCUGUAUCUGUUUCCCACUCUGCUUUUCUUGAUGAUGAAGAAUUUAGUGACUUUAUACAAGGGCCUGUUGAAAUCCCCAAACUGGUGCCUCAACCCACCUCUCAGCCUUUUCAGCCUUUCCAUUCUGUUGCUGAGCAACUCCUUUCAGAAAAGGCUGUGAUCCAGCCUCACCCACCAGCCCAGGCUCCAGUGUUAUCCAUCCCACAUGGUACAACUGGGCAGGUUCCUUAUUUUCCUACCUCUGCAUCUUCACCCAAUGUCCAUAAACCAGGCUCUUCCUUGGAGGAGAAAGUCUUAGAUAAUGUCUCAAAUGAAUCUGAGCAAGAGCAAACCAAACUUAAAACAUCCGAAGUUGGGCACAAAGCCUCAGCUGCAAGCCAAGUUCAUCCCAGUCUGACCAUGAAUGACUGGGAUGUUGUAGGUGGACAUGAAAGUGGUACCACUGCUGCAGAGGUGCACAAGGCUUCAGAACAAAACAUAGCAGUUGAAGAGUGUGGAGUUGGAGUAUUCCCUUCACAGGACCCAAUUCAGCAAAUGAUGCCUCCUUGGAUUUACAACGAUAACUUGGUCCCAGAGUUGUAUAAGAAAAUUUUAGAAAGCACUUUGACUCCUGCUGGAAUAGAUACAGCUAAACUCUAUCCCGUGCUGAUGUCAUCUGGAUUGCCCAGAGAGACCCUUGGACAAAUAUGGGCUUUAGCCAACCGUACUACCCCUGGGAAACUCACAAAGGAAGAGCUCUACGCUGUCCUGGCCAUGAUAGCGGUAACUCAGAGGGGAAUACCUGCAGUGAGUCCUGAUGUGUUAAACCAGUUUCCCGCUGCCCCCGUUCCUACUUUAACUGGGUUUCCACUGCCGCUGCCCGCCACAGUGAGCCAGCAGCCUCUGAUGCCCUCCGCACCACCUGUCUCUCUGCCCCUGAGCAUGGGGCCGGCCGUGAUGGGCCUGAACAUUGCGGCACCAGCGGGUGGAGCUGCAACACAGCCCUCGGGAGGGUUCCUGCCUCCCUUCCCGCCUGGCCAGGUAGUAAAACCAGAAGAUGAUGACUUCCAGGAGUUUCAAGAUGCUUCAAAGUCAGGCUCACUAGAUGACUCUUUCAGUGAUUUCCAAGGGGAUGUAGCUGGCUCCUCCAAAGCAGGCAGUUCACAGCACCGGAGCAGUGUUCCUUCUUUACUAAUGCCGCUCCCAGGUAAUAAGACACUCUCAUCAACUGAUAAGUAUGCUGUGUUUAAAGGAAUUGCAGCUGAGAAGCCUUCUGAAAGUACUGCUACUUUUGGAGAUUGUGGAGACAAGUAUAGUGCUUUCCGUGAAUUGGAGCAACCAUCAGAGAGCAAAUACUUAGGAGAUAACCUUGCAGAGUUCAAGCCUGCAGGAACUGAUGAUGGUUUCACAGAUUUUAAAACCGCUGACAGUAUCUCACCGUUAGAGCCACCUACAAAAGACAAAACUUUCCCUACAUCCUUCCCUUCUCUGCCUGUUCAGUCAAAACAGCAAACACAAGCAAAGACCGCUUUGAAUCUAGCAGACUUGGAUCUCUUUUCCUCUACUGGUGAAAACAAGCAACCACCCAUUCCACCUGCAUUUAAUACGUCAAAAUCGGGCUCCUUUCCUCCUCCACCCCUUCCAUCUACCACUGCCCAACCAGCACCCAGCAAAAGUUCAAGCUUAGCUGAUGAAUUUGGGGAGUUCAACCUCUUUGGGGAAUUUUCUAAUUGUGCAUCAGCCAGCGGACAAGAUGACUUCGCAGAUUUUAUGGCUUUUAACAACAGCAGUGGAUUUUCCGAACAAAAAGCCGAUGACAAAUGCAAUGCACUUAAGCUAGAGACCAGUCCUGUUCCUCAGUCUGGCUCAUCUGCCAGCGUGGUGAAGAGUGGGCAGAGUUCUGCAACCACUGCUACUCCCACCAAAUAUGAUAUCUUCAAACAGCUUUCCCUGGAAGGCUCUGGAGCAGGCUUUGAGGAAGGGAAGGACUUCACGCUUUCUUCAGUGAAGAGCGAUGAUGAUUUUGCCGACUUUCACUCCAACAAGUUUUCUUCCACGUACAACAGCACAGAUAAGUCCCUGGUGGACAGAGUCGCCGCUUUCAAGCAGGCCAAAGAAGACUCUGCUUCGGUGAAGUCUCUGGAUCUCCCUUCUAUUGGUGGCAGCAGUGUUGGCAAGGAGGAUUCUGAAGACGCAUUGUCUGUUCAGUUUGACAUGAAACUGGCUGAUGUGGGAGGAGAUCUUAAGCAUGUCAUGUCUGAUAGCUCUUUGGAUUUGCCAACAGUUAGUGGCCAGCAUCCACCAGCAGCAGAUAUAGAUGACUUAAAAUGUGCCCCAUUUGGAAGCUAUAACAGUGGAUCUGCAGUCAGCAGCCUGGCAAGCUAUGACUGGUCCGACAAAGAAGACGUUCAGCAGGGCAAGAAGCUCUCCUCCUUUGUCCAGUCUUCAGGAAGUGGAUCCUCUGCGGCUACUUCUGUUCUUCAGAAGAAGGAGACCUUGUUUGGCAGCUCAGAAAACAUUACCAUGACAACUGUUUCCAAAGUGACAACCUUUUCUAGCGAGGAUGCUUUACAGGAUGUUUCUUCUGCAGCCUUUGCAAACUUUAAAGACUCUGGACCAAUAUCCAGCCGUCCAAGUGACGAUGACAUUGGAGACUUUGGUGAUUUUGCAAGACCUUCCUCAGAAGCACAGGAUGCGGCAGCAGCUGACUCAAAUCAAGAGGCAGACUUCCUUGCUAGUGGUAUCUCCUCUGAACUGCAAAGAGAGGCUACAGAUGACUUUGGAGAAUUCCAGAGUGAAAAGCCAAAAAUCAGCAAGUUUGACUUCCUGGUGGCAACUUCCCAAGGCAAGGUGAAAUCUAGUGAAGAAAUGAUCAAGAGUGAGCUGGCUACCUUUGACCUGUCUGUUCAAGGAUCUCAUAAAAGGAGUUUAAGCCUAGGCGACAGAGAAAUAAGUCGUUCUUCACCUUUACCAGUUUUGGAACAGCCGUUUAGGGAUCGUUCAAAUACUCUGAGUGAGAAGCCCGCUUUGCCCGUCAUCAGAGACAAAUACAAAGACUUAACAGGGGAAGUCGAGGAAAGUGAGAGGUAUGCGUAUGAGUGGCAGAGAUGCUUGGAGAGUGCCCUGCAAGUCAUAAAGAAAGCAAAUGAUACCUUAAAUGGAAUAAGUAGUUCAUCGGUUUGCACUGAAGUUAUCCAGUCUGCUCAAGGCAUGGAAUAUUUACUAGGGGUUGUUGAAGUCUACAGAGUAACAAAGAGGGUUGAGCUGGGUAUCAAAGCAACUGCUGUUUGUAGUGAGAAACUCCAGCAGCUGCUGAAGGAUAUUGAUAAAGUGUGGAACAACCUAAUAAGCUUCAUGUCACUUGCUGCUUUAACGCCAGAUGAAAACUCACUGGAUUUCUCUUCUUGUAUGCUGCGUCCGGGCAUUAAAAAUGCCCAAGAUCUUGCCUGUGGAGUGUGCCUCCUAAACGUAGAUUCCAGAAGUAAAAAAGAAGAGAAACCUGUGGAAGAGCUUCCUAGAAAAGCCUUUAAUUCGGAAACGGAUAACUUUAAGCUGGCGUACGGAGGGCACCAAUACCAUGCGAGCUGUGCAAAUUUCUGGAUCAACUGCGUGGAGCCAAAACCUCCAGGGCUCAUUUUGCCGGACCUGCUGUGAAAGCAGCUGCACAGAAGAUCGAGCAUCAGGACUAAUAAUGCAGGACUCUUGGGGUAAAUGGUGUGAUAGAGUAAGUGGAAAGGCUCGAGGUGUGGUUAGUGCUUGAAAUGCCUCAGUUUGAUUUUUGUACCAUAACGGGUUAAAGUUGCUGUAGCAUACAAGUUGCUUGUUGAAGAAUUUCACUAGAAAUGGCCAGGCUUUCGGAAGUAACCAGAAAAAAAAAUGUAGUUUGGCAAAAAAUGUGGCAUUUCAGUCUUUCUCCAGAUAAAAGCGUGUUAGUCUUUGUAAAAAGCAGUCUGCUAACCACGUGCAUAAACUUCUGAGAGAGGCCAGUACCUGGCUUACAAGGAAAACUGAAAUGCCGGGCUGAUUUGCAUAGAAGUGAUCACUUAAGUACUUGAAGUGUAUUUGCAAAAAAAAAAAUACCUUUUCUUUAACAUUUUUGGUAUAUGGACCGUGAUAUUUUUCUUUAGAUAUUUGCUGCUAUGAUAUUACGAUGCAUACAAUGCACGAGUCACAGUAGCUUUCAAGGCAAAAUGAGUUACUGACUUAGAAGGAAUGAGGCUGUGCAGAGCCAUUGUAUAUUUAUACUUUCACUGUUCCAUACUGUAAAUUAUACUGUAUUCAUAUGCAUAACUGAUUAGUACUGGUGGAUAAGGACUCGGAAGAGUUGUUGACAUUUUCCCUGUGGUAUCUGGAUUCUUUAGUACUGGCAGCUGGAAUUUAAAACCUGUAGUCUUUGCUACUCUGUUGUAAAUACACACAAACUCCUUCCUUGGACUUCUCCUGAGCUGCAGGUAUGAUUUGUUGUUUCACCUGAGCCCCUGGUGGUUGUGUGGCUGCAUCACUGUUGAAAAUUGGACUCCACUAAUACAAUGUGUCUCCUCCUUUUUAUAUAUAUAUAUUACCUUCUUUGUAUGUUCAUAUGCUUUUCCUGAUGGCAUGCCUUGGUGUCUCCUGUGCAGUCUAGCGCUCUCUCUAAUAACAUGUUCCUGGGACUCGGACAGCCCUUAAUUCUUGCUACAGGUGGGUGUGAUUUAACACCAAAAGCUGGUGGUCUGGAGCAGGGUGGUUUUUGAAGCAGGGUGUUGCACGCCUGCCCUUCUGUUGCUUACGGUAGGCACACCUGUCUGGAGGGGAGGAGGUCUUAGUCUGCAGUGAGUUGUGUGCCCAUCAGCUACAGCUUGAUGCUUAAUUCUCUGAUUUCAGUUUCUCCGAUCUCUAGAAAACCUCCUUUCUCUCCAAAUAUAUCGACAGCUUUUCCAAGUUAGUCUUGCCUCCAUUGUGAGUUACUGACACUGACCAGUGUUUAUUUGCUGAAAUUGAAAUUGCAGUGAGGAAAAAUGAUGCUUUGUAUUUUUUUUUUAAAAAAAAAAAAAGCUUAGUUAUAGUAAACCAUGGAACACCCUUGGCUAAUUGGAGUGCUAGGUGUCUGGCCCCUUAUUUACACAAAUUAAAAUAAGUCUUCCUGCUGCCUGAAAUUAGCUCAUUCGUGUAAUAAGCGACUUGUGCCUCCAGUCACAAGCUCAAGCUAAUCAAGUGGCAGAUUUUCAGUACUGCCACAGUGACUGCCUGCCUUCUGUUGCUCAGUAAUUAUCAAAAAAAGGGCAGUCAUUUGUAGCUUGCUCCCCGUCUCAUUUAUUAGGUGUGAAAUAGUUACAGCAGUCCGCACGGUAGUUUUUGACCUCGUACAUUGUUUCCCAUCGUAAUCCAGGGUUGCUGUUGUAUUCCCGUUGAUGUCUGGGAGGCAGCCCUCGCUUCCGCAGGCUGAACUACAGAAGCACUUAAGCGUUGUUUGACUUCAAGCGAAGCCUCGUCUUGCUGCUAGCGAGGGGACUUCUCGAGUGGCGUUGAGUAUCUGGCUGACGCAAAGCCUGUUGCUUAUGAAACGCUAUAUUGGGAAAAGGGAGUUUAUUGUUAGCGUGGGUUUCCACCGCAGCUCCUGAACACUUAGCUAGAUGGGAUUUUUUUUUUUUUGUAAUUAAAAGAGAAUGCCACAAAUAAAAGAGACCACAAUGUGAAACUUAAAGCAACCGGUAUUUCAAAUACAGCACCAGAUAUGCUGUUAUAAAAGCGUUUUUCAGUGAUGUUUUUCUUGUACUUGUUAAGCAAGUAAGUUCCCUCUUGGAGAUGUAUUCAGCCUCUCUUUUGGCCCAUAAAAAUAAGGAAUUGACAUUAACAAUUAUAAUUGCAGCAGAGUGUACUGAAGUAUGACACUACUGCUUGCUUGCUCCCUGCAGAAGGGAAAGCAGCAGGCAAUGGUACUGUGUUUGUGGCAAGCAGAAAUCAUUCUUCUGGUCUGAGCACCUUUACAUCAUGGGAAUACACCGAAUGCUUUGCGCGUAGAUACCCCUGAUAAAGGCAUUGUGCAAUGAGGAUCAUCUUGCUUCCAUAUCCUAGUCAUUAAAAUGACUCACUGUUGCUUUCAGCACCUUCUCGGCUCUUUCAUUGCCAGCCGGAGCCCUGUGCCCUUGCAAUCUGUAUCCAAGGUUACAGUGAUUUCUACAGUGCAUUGUGACAGACCACAUCCCCCUGCUUCCUCUGCGUACAGGCUAACGGGGACACUGCCUUGCGCUUGCGUUGUGUUGAAUUUCAUAAAUGGAACCCCUUUUCCUGCAUGUGUCUUUCAGUAGAGAAAAGUGAGAACCAGAGUUUUCUUUUUUUGUUAUUUAAUGCACUUGUUCUCUGGAGCUGCCUUGGGAUUAACUGUGGAAAGUGAUUUUUCUAGAUAUUUGUGUAUAUUUGGAAUUUUAAGAGAUUAUUCCCUUGGCUAUUUAAUGGAUAUAUGGCUUUUGCCCGGUGGUAUCCCUGAUGCUUCUGUGCUGUCCUCGUGUGUUGGGGUCUCUGCUGGGUGGCAGGAGUGCUGGGGAGCAGCGGCACUGCUCCAGCCUCUUCCCCCACCCAUCCCAGGCUGUGCUUUGCUUUGAGCUCUCCGAGCUCGAUGGCCCGUGGUGGCCACUUGGAGGUUGUGGCGUGGGAAUCGUUACGUUCUGCCCUUGACCACUCUGCUGACUUCUCCUCUCUGGCAGCAGCUUCUUUGCACCUGGGUUUGUUUUGAGCAGCUCCUUGAAAUUCAUGCCAUCUGUAUGAAGUGUUACUGAAGUUUAAUCUACGGCUGAGAAGAAGCUCAUGAAAACCCAAGGAAUGUUCUGAUUUAGGUACGUGUCAGAUUAAUUAAACUUGAAGCGAAAGCUGCCUUUUCAACAGAAGCUGCUAUUAUACAAACUACUUUUUUUCUGAAAGAUUUUUUUGCUCUCUGGGCUUGUGAUUCUUUAUUCUGCCCUCUGGGCAAAUGUUAUUUCUCUUCCAGAAGUGGUUUUGCGAUUCGUAUUUGGAGCUGUUUCGGUUUGUGCUAUGCUGGAGUCACUGCUGGUGUUUUAAAUCCUAUGAGAAUCGGUGUUAUUAAUUGACUUUAGUACCUUGUUUACUCCCUUAAUUCUUGCAAGGAUUUAUAAAUCCUUUGUUGAGAUUCAAACCUUGUAUUCAAUAAAGAGCUCAUUUCCUAUCUCACCAGCUUGUGAAGUCACUUGUUUCAGGAUG